AUGAGCCGUUGGCGACGCUUGUGUGAACAGCAGAUUUUUGUGACCCCAAUUUCUGAUCACAAUUAUACCAACUUUUGUUCUGAGAACAACCGCAAAAAUGUUGGAUCACCUCCGCGGAACCGUUUUGCUGCAGUACUACUGACAAGACCCUUGAUUGCUGUCAACGUGCGGACCAAGCCGCUCCGUGUGCGGGCACCUUCGAGUCAUCGAUCGUUCCUGUCAUGCACGAAGUUGUGGAUGGAAGGCAAAUCGUGCAAGAAUAUAAAGGAGGCUCAUGCUAAACACGCCUGCAAGGCCUUCCGUACUCGACCCUAUCGCCAUGACGCAGACUCGAGCAGAAGCACUCUUCGAACUCAAAGCGGCCGAGCUGGCAUCGUACCAUAUCCAGCCGGAAGCGUCGCGCGGGAAGCAAGACAGUGUUCAAACAAUACAGUCGUCGCAUCGUCUCGAUGUAAUCUACGCCUGGCUCACUGGUGCCGAUCCCACAACCUCAACCUCCGACUCUAA